AUGGCCGACAUCACCGAUCAACACGACCAGACCUCGCCCACCGACCUCGAGGAAUCGCAGGUUGGCAACGGCAACGUCGCUGAGAACAGAGGCGUUAAGCGCCAGCGUCCCAGCACCGCUGAUGAUGACGACGAUGACGACGAGAAGGGCGGCCGCGAGCGUCGCAAGAUUGAGAUCAAGUUUAUCAAUGACAAGUCUCGCCGCCACAUCACCUUUUCCAAGCGCAAAGCUGGUAUCAUGAAGAAGGCCUAUGAGCUCUCUGUCCUCACCGGCACUCAGGUGCUGCUUCUUGUCGUCUCCGAGACUGGUCUCGUGUACACAUUCACGACGCCAAAGCUGCAACCUCUUGUUACCAAGGCUGAGGGUAAGAAUUUGAUUCAGGCAUGCCUCAACGCCCCCGAGCCCACACCUGGUGGUGAGAACGGCGUCGACGACCAGAACCAAGUCGACUCUCCGGAAGAGCCUCCCCAACAACACCUCCCUCCCCAGCGCCAGGGUAUGCCGCAAAACCCACACAUGCCCCCCAACUACAGCAUGGCCCAAGUUGGAAUGGAUCCUUCGCAGGCGCUUGCGUACCAGAGUUACGUGCAGCAGCAACAACGGGGUGGUGGCUACGCGAUGCCUCCGCAAUCUGGUCUUCCUCAACACACGUCGCACCAGUCAUGA